AUGCAGGCCCAGGAGGAACGAAUGCUUGCAAUGCGUGCAGACAUAGCACAAUUGACUGAGAUGGUGAAAACCUUAGUCACGAACCAGACGGCACAAGUAGUUCACCAUGAGACAUAUCACCAGCAAGACAGGGAAUUCCAGGAUUUUAGGCGUGAAGGCCCGAGAGGGGUGAAACUGGAUUUUCCUUACUUUGAUGGCACCGAUCCAGCAGGUUGGAUUUUCAAAGCUUCACACUAUUUUGAUUAUCAUCAAACACCUCCUGCACAACGAUUGUUAAUGGCAUCAUAUCACAUGAACGGGGAUGCAUUAAUAUGGUAUCAAGAUGCAGCAGAGACAGCACAAUUUAACAACUGGGACACCUUUUCUAGUGCCUUAUUGCUUAGGUUUGGCCUCACAGCCUAUGACGAUCCCAUGGAGGCACUUACACGCCUCAAACAAGUGUCUACUGUGGUCAUUUAUAAGGCUCAAUUUGAAGCCCUCUCAAACAGACUUAGAGGACUCACUGAAUCACACAAGCUGAGUUGCUUUCUCAGUGGAUUAAGGGAUGAAAUCCGUCUUCCCGUGCGGAUGUUCAAACCCUUGAGCCUCAAUGUGGCUUUUGGGCUUGCCAAAAUCCAAGAGGAGUACCUGUCUAGUUCAAAACAUUCAGGCAAGAGCUGGCAAGAAGGCCAACAACCUGAAACCAAGUUGGAAAUAUCCCUCAAUGCCAUCACGGGAACCCCCAAUCAGAAUACCAUGCGAAUCCAUGGCUUUAUGGGUGGGGAGAGGGUGCUGUUUUUGGUGGAUUCAGGAAGCACUCACAACUUCCUGGAUCCUUCUAUUGCCAGGAAGGCAAAGCUGAAGGUGAAUACCAAUCAAAAGCUCAAGGUACGAGUGGCCAAUGGCGAGUUGGUCACAAGUGAAGGGGCAUGUACAGCCACAUCAAUCAGAUUACAAGGUAACCAGUUCACUACUUCUUUUUACUUGUUAACCUUGGGUGGUUGUGACGCUGUUUUGGGUAUACGAUGGCUGGAAAAUCUGGACAAUAUAACUUGGAAUUUCUCUAAGUUAGUCAUGCAAUUUAUGUGGCAAAAUAAAUUGGUUGAGCUGAAGGGUCUCCACUUGGGGAGACCAUCAUUUGGGGAAGGAAAGGAAGUCCUCUUGAACAGUAUGAAUGGACCCAAAGGAGUUUUGAUCCAAUGUUCUGCUGUACAAUCCACAGUCCCAAACCCAAACACAAUCCCAAACACAACCCACAACCAAAACAGAGAGCUCACCGUGUUGUUACAACACUUUAAACAUGUUUUUUCAGAACCUAUAGGAUUACCACCCAAGAGAACCCAUGACCACAAAAUUACAUUAAAAGAGGGAACCCCACCUAUCUCCACAAGACCAUACCGAUACCCAUUUUACCAGAAAACUGAGAUUGAGAAAAUGGUCACUGAAUUGCUUAAAUCAGGAAUGAUUAGACCCAGUUCUAGCCCUUUUUCCUCACCAGUUUUACUAGUCCGCAAGGCUGAUGGGAGUUGGCGCCUAUGCGUGGACUAUAGGGCCUUAAAUCAAGAGACGGUGAAGGAUAAGUUCCCUAUUCCCGUCAUUGAUGAGUUGUUGGAUGAGUUUUAUGGUUCCGUGAUUUUCUCUAAAAUGGACCUAAGAUCCGGGUACCAUCAAAUCAGGGUGGUUCCUGAGGAUGUUCACAAAACUGCUUUUCGCACUCAUGAAGGGCACUAUGAAUUCUUGCCAAACUGUGGAAGAUCAUAUAGAGCAUGUAAGGCUAGUGUUGGAGUGUCGAGUGAAGGAGUUAAAGCUGACCCAAGCAAGAUAGUUUCCAUGGUAGAGUGGCCCACUCUCACCAACUUAAAAGCCUUGAGAGGUUUUUUGGGCCUAACGGGAUAUUACCGUAAGUUUAUACGGCACUAUGGGCUCAUAGCUGCCCCCUUGACAGCCUUAUUAAAAAAGAAUGCUUUUACUUGGAAUGCCUCAGCUCAUCAAGCUUUUCAGCAAUUAAAAGGGGCUGUUUCUCAACCUUCGGUGUUAAGACUUCCAGAUUUUACAAAGUCUUUCAUUAUUGAGUGCGAUGCAAGUGGGUGUGGUGUGGGAGCCGUACUCAUGCAGGCUGGACAGCCCAUAUCUUAUUUCAGUAAGGCCUUGAAAGGUAAGGCUUUGACCUUGUCCACUUACAAGAGAGAAUUAUUGGCUCUUGUCAUGGUUGUACAAAGAUGGAGGCCCUACUUAUUGGGCCAAUCUUUCAUUGUUAAGACGGACCAACAGGCCCUAAAAUACUUACUUGAGCAAAAAGUGGGAACCACGGCACAACAGAAAUGGUUAACAAAACUUAUGGGCUACGACUUUAAGAUUGAGUUUAAGAAAGGAAGGGAAAAUAAGGUGGCGGAUGCUCUUUCUAGAAGGGAUGAAAAGCGGGAUGAGGACGCGGGAGUACUGGCCAUUAUUUCUUUUCCCACACCCGAUUGGAUCGAGGAGUUAAAGGCGAGCUAUUCCUCCUCACCCGAGCUGCUGGAAUUGUUAGCUAAGCGCAACCCGGAAGCAGGCCAUUCAGGGUUUCUAAAAACAUAUCAAAGAGCUAAAAAGAAUUUUUUCUGGCAUGGAAUGAAGAAGGAUAUUAAGGAGCUGAUAAGAAGCUGUGAAAUAUGCCAAGUUAAUAAACACGAGAACCUCUACCCAGCAGGUCUGUUGCAACCUCUUCCCAUUCCAAACCAAGCUUGGGAAAAAUUAUCCAUGGACUUUGUGGAGGGUCUCCCUAUUUCUCAUGGGGUUAAUGUCAUCCUAGUCGUUGUGGACAGGUUGACUAAAUAUGGCCAUUUCAUGGCCUUGGCACACCCCUAUACAGCGGUCGAAGUAGCUCAAACUUUCUUAAGGGAAGUGUUUAAACUGCAUGGAUUUCCUAAGGUCAUACUCUCAGACAGGGAUCCUAUUUUCCUAAGCACUUUUUGGAAAACUUUGUUUUCACUGCAGGGUACUUCUCUAAGCUACAACUCAGCUUAUCACCCGCAGAGUGACGGGCAAACAGAAAUCCUCAAUAAGGCAUUGGAGGGUUAUCUAAGGUGCUUUGUGGGUUCUAAACCGAAACAGUGGUCUCAGUGGCUUCCCCUUGCCGAAUGGUGGUACAACACCUCGUACCACACAUCAACAAAGAUGUCGCCUUUUGAAGCCCUCUACGGCUACUCAUCACCACGGCUCAUUACAUACAUUCCGGGUACCUCACAAAAUGAUGCGACAGACAAAAUGUUGAAAGAUAGAGAACAUAUCAAGCUCCUACUCAAAGAAAAUCUCAACUUUUCACAACAAAGAAUGAAGAAGUUUGCAGAUCAACGAAGAACGGAGCGAGAGUUUCAGAUAGGAGAAUGGGUGUACCUCCGUUUACAACCUUAUCGGCAGAAAACAGUGGUUGCAAGGAAAAAUUUGAAGCUUUCCCCUAGGUUUUACGGGCCCUUCAGGGUGAUGCAGCGCUUGGGAACGGUAGCUUACUGCCUUGAGUUACCCCUGGAGUCCAAGAUACACCCGGUUUUCCACAUCUCGUGUCUCAAAAAGAAGCUGGGUACUAGGAUUCAAGCACUUCCGUCGCUCCCUCCAGUCAACGACACAUGCGAGGUGCAGCCCGAACCCGAACUGGUGCUGGAACGCCGAAUGCGUCAACAGGGGAACAAAGCUCAAACCAUGGCUUUGGUGAAGUGGGUAGGACUAUCGGCAGAGGAGAAUUCGUGGGAGUCACUGCAGAGGCUUCGAGAAGACUAUCCCUACCUGGUGGGCCAGGUUCUCUAA